AACCACAACACAAUAAUAUGAGCACACGCGCUGUAUCAGUACUGUUCAGCUAGCCGACUUGUGCACAUCAUGAGGACUUUGUUACUAUUGGCGCUGGGGGCGGUUCUGCUGGCGGCUGCAGCGUCAUCGCCCGUGGGCCCGUUCGCCGACGUCACCAGUCGCGUCUACCGCAGCCAAGGCAAGACGCAGGCCAACAACGUUAAAGGUCGGGACUUCCCUCCCCCUCCCCCUCCCGCCGCGCUGAACCUGCGGAAGGGGGAGUACAUGUGCGGUGACCGCGUGUGCCGCCUCCAGCCCGGCCAGGUGCCAGAGGGCUGCAACGGCAUGUGCCAGUACAGACUGAGAUGAUCAUGAUGAUGAUGCUGCUAAGAUGGUGAUGUCAGUGAAGUUGAAGCAGAUGCCGGAGCUACGUAUAUUGAGCUGGUUAUGACAACAUCAGCCAGAUCUGCAGACUUUGCAUGGCCACAGUAAAAACGCUGCCAGUUUUUACCGACAAACUGGCAGACCUCCUUUGUUAUUUCAUCACUUUGUCUACUUUACCGUAAAAAUAAACCUUUCUAUGGUGGCCAUGCUAGGACUACAGUUGACUUGACGUUACCCGACCAAAUGACGUGGUCUCGACAUCUGCCUAUGAAUGCAUUUGCACUGACAACUCGCAGCCACUCGCAGCAUUGUGAACGCGAUAUACAUAGAACCAAGUAGCUUUUAAUUUAAGUGAUUUGUAAUAAUAGGUUUUUACUUUUUAUUUUUAACAUAGUCAUAUAGAGAAAGUAUACCUCAAGUUAGCUUAAAUAUGUAUAAUUUAUGGAUUUAAUAAAAUGAUUAAAACGUAAGUACGU